AUCCCCAGUCUGGAAUCCCAGAGUACAGGGAGGGAAAUAGAAGAAAAUCCCUCGUUUAGGAAUAGCUUUGGGAUUUAAUUAUUGAUAAAAACCUAGUUAAUAAAGACAUUUACUCCUAAUAUUUUUAAUUAAACUUUUUAUCCACACCACCAAUAGGGUAUUAUUUAAUUUUCUCUAUUUGGUUUAUCCUCAAUUUCUAUUUUCUGCUUAACUUUACAAGUUUCCUUUUCUUCAUAUUUUAGUCCAAUGAAGUAUUUCUCACUAGAAUUCCAAUGAGUGAAGUUAGGCUUUGUUGUCAAAGUGGAGAUCACUUACAUUUUUUCCCACUUUAUAGAGGUCUUUAUUGAUUUUGUGUUUACAUUUGAAAUUUCAGUUUUCCUUUUCCUAGAACUUUGUCAAUUAUCUGUCCAUGGGAUCUAGAUAUUUACUAUUUGACAUUUCUAACAUUUUUAUUUCAAAAUUGGUGUUUUUGUUGGUUUGUCAGCUUCAAUUUUCAUUACAGCAAUUUUCUUAAACCAUGUUACUUUUUAAAAUAAUUCCCUUCCCCUGUAUUGGUAUCUGCCUAUUUAAAAUAGAAUAUCCCCAUUGGGUGCUAUAAUAAAUAAAUAUCUAAUCAGUCUUCUCUGAAAAUAACAAGAAACACAAUUGUAAGAUACUGAGUUUGUGUAUGUGUGUUUAAGUUUGGGGACAAAAAAGCAAAAUUUAGGUAUUCUAUAAUAUCACAUAGAAACAUUUAAUAAUUUGUUCCUCUUAAUUCUGUUUGAAGAAAUCAGAGGUCCCCAUUAAGUUUUUAAUGGCCAACACAGUCCCAUUCAGUUGGAAAAAAAAUAAAGAAGUCAUCAGAAAGAGGUCUGUAUUACAUGCUGUGGUGUUUAUAAUCAACCAUUAGUGUUUUUGGCAGUAGCUAGCCUUUUCCCAGUACAAUAGCUUUCAGUUUAAUCUGUAUCCUUUGCUUAUCAUGGAAAAAAUAGUGUCUUUCUAAAUAUAAGGGCUUGAACAAAAUUCUCUGUGAGGCAAAUGUUUUAAUGUUGUUCUUACUUUCAGUGGUAGUUAGGGUGGGCUUUAGUAUGGUCUACUCUUUAUUUUGUGCAGAGAAAUUAGAUCCCACUAAAAUUCAUUAAGAGCAACAUUAAAAUAAAAGUCAGUUUCUUUAAUUCUACAAGUAUUUUCAAGCAAUUGUAAGAAAAAUAAGGAUAUAUGAAAGAAAGAGCAAACUGCAAAGAAUGAGUAAGUUAAAGAGCAGUUUUCAAAUUAUAAGGAUUUAAACGUACUAAAAAUUAUCUCAUAUCCUACUCACUAGAGUUUAUUUAUGCAUGCCUUAAUACAGCAAGUAUUUAGUGAAUGUCUGAUAUGCCAGCCAAUGAGGAAUAAGACAUCAUUUCCAUUCUUAACUAGAUCACAUACUGAAGAAGGGACAGACUAUCAUGAAAUCAGGGAACAAAAAUAGUUACAAGGCAAUUAUGCAAGUUUUUUUUCAGAGCACAGAGGAGAUACAGCCUAAAUGCUUCCUUCUAGAUUAUACAGUGAUUAUUCUACUGAGGCAGUGUAAUUAGGUUUUGAAACAGUUUGUUGAAGAAGGUGUGAAAAGUUUCUUUUGUCAGUUUGGGGGGGUUCCUAGGCCCAAUUUUGGAAAAGUAAAAUCUAUUACUUCGAUGGUCCCAGAGAUCACCAUAAUUUUCCUCUAGGUUCCUCACAGUGCAUAGGAGUAGUGUUGGGAGUCAAAGGCUUAGUACAGAACUAAAUCUAGUACAAUGAAGUGGACAGAGUUAACUGCUAGAAACAUUCUUUUUCCAACUGUUGGAUUUUUAACUUUCCCCCGUGAAGCAGUAAAAAACUUCAACAAUGUGAACAGUUCUCCAACAUUAUGUUUUGUGAAACAAAGAAAAGAAAAAUGAAAUAUUUAAAUGAGCCACUAAAGAACAAAUUUAUAAAUACUUACAACCGCUCAAAUCAGGCACAGCCAUUAGAGUCUGUUGGAAGCCACGCGGUGGCGCUGCAGGCUAAAGAGAUGGGGAGAAAAAACAACUGAGAAUGCUGCGUAAGUCACUAACAAAAAAAAAAAAGAAGAAAGAAAGAUUGCGGCAGGUAGGCUAGAAGAAAAGCUGUAGCGGCUCAAGAUUAGAAAAGGAAAAAUCCCGAGACCCUUGCUCCUACGUGGAUUAGGUCUGGGUUUGCGGCUGCUGUUUCUUAAUGCUGGGAUCUGUGGUUGUGACCAGUAUCGAGGAAAUACUUGUUCAGAAGAAGCUAUGGAGUUUGGAAGGUUGUGCUUCUCAAGACAAAGGCAAGUCCUGUUUCUCUUUCUGUCUUGGGGAGUAUCCUUGGCAGGUUCUGGGUUUGGACGUUAUUCGGUGACAGAGGAAACAGAGAGAGGAUCGUUUGUGGUCAAUCUAGCAAAGGAUCUGGGGCUAGGGGACCGGGAGCUGGUUGCAAGAGGUGCCCGGGUGGUCUCUGAUGAUAACAAACAACACUUGCUCCUGGAUUCUCAGACUGGGGAUUUGCUCACAAAUGAGAAAUUGGACCGGGAGAAGCUGUGUGGGCCCACAGAGCCCUGUAUGCUGUAUUUUCAAAUUUUAAUGGAUAACCCCUUUCAGAUUUACCGGGCUGAGCUGAGGGUAAGGGACAUAAAUGAUCAUUCACCAGUGUUUCAAGACAAAGAGACAGUCUUAAAAAUAUUAGAAAAUACAGCCGAAGGGACUGCAUUUCAGCUAGAAAGAGCACAGGAUUCAGAUGGAGGACUCAAUGGUGUCCAAAAUUAUACCAUCAACCCCAACUCUUUUUUCCAUAUUAAAAUUAGUGACAGUGAUGAAGGCAUAAUAUACCCAGAGCUAGUUUUGGACAGGGUGCUGGAUCGGGAGAAGCAGCAAGAACUCAGCUUAAUACUCACUGCGCUGGAUGGUGGGUCACCACCCAGGUCUGGAACCACCACUAUACGCAUUAUGAUUCUGGACAUCAAUGACAAUGCCCCUCAGUUUUCUCAGGCAAUCUACGAGACCCAGGCUCCAGAGAACAGCCCAGUAGGGUCCCUUAUUGCUAAAGUCUCUGCAGCAGAUGUAGACUCUGGAAUCAAUGCAGACAUAUCCUAUUCAUUUUUUGAUGCUUCCGAAGAUAUUCGAACAACCUUUCAUAUCAAUCCUAUUUCUGGGGAAAUAGUUCUCAGAGUGUUGCUUGAUUAUGAGCUAGUAAAGUCUUAUAAAAUAAAUAUACAGGCAAUCGACGGUGGGGGCCUUUCUGCAAGAUGUACAGUUUUGGUGGAGGUAUUGGACACCAAUGACAAUCCCCCUGAACUGAUCAUGUCAUCACUUUCGAACUAUGUGGCUGAGAACUCUCCUGAGACGGUACUGGCUGUUUUUAGGAUUAAAGACAGAGACUCUGGAGAAAAUGGAAAGAUGAUUUGCUUCAUUCAAGACAAUCUGCCUUUUCUUCUGAAACCCUCCCUGGAUAAUUUUUAUAUCCUAAUGACAGAAGGAGCGCUGGACAGAGAAAGCCAAGCAGAGUACAAUAUCACCAUCACUGUCACUGACUUGGGAACCCCCAGACUGAAGACUGAAGGAACUGAAGCGAUUCAGCAGGAAGCCUUUGGGAAAGGAGUUAUGGAGACCGGAGGGGCAGACACUCUGCGGAUAAGGCAAGUCCUGCUUCUCUUUGUUUUGCUGGGAAUGUCUCAGACGGGCUCCGAGUCUGGGCGCUAUUCGGUGGCAGAGGAAAUGCAGAGUGGGAGCCUUGUAGGCAAUUUGGCAAAAGACCUGGGACUGGAAGUGGGUGAGCUGUUAUCGAGGGGGGCUCAGGUGGUCUCUAACGAUAACAAACAGCGUUUGCAGCUGGACAUAAAUACAGGGGAUAUGCUCUUAAGCGAAGCGCUGGACCGAGAGGAGCUCUGUGGCUCCACGGAGCCCUGUUUGCUGCAUUUCCAGAUAUUAAUGAAAAACCCCAUGCAGUUUUUACAGAUUGAGCUCCAGGUCAGGGAUAUAAAUGACCAUUCUCCCAUCUUCUUAGAAAAAGAAAUGCUCCUAGAAAUCCCAGAGAAUAGUCCUGUCGGUGCUGUGUUCUUACUAGAAAGUGCGAAGGAUUUAGAUGUAGGAAUCAAUGCUCUAAAAAGCUACACGAUAAGCCCCAACUCUCAUUUCCACAUUAAAAUGAGAGUCAAUCCCGAUAAUAGGAAAUACCCAGAGUUAGUUCUGGACAAGGCGCUCGAUUAUGAAGAGCAGUCUGAACUCAGUUUCAUCCUCACCGCUCUGGAUGGUGGGUCUCCGCCCAGGUCCGGGACUGCCAUGGUUCGGGUGGUGGUAGUGGACAUUAAUGACAACUCCCCAGAGUUUGAGCAGCCAUUUUAUGAGGUGAAGAUUCCAGAGGAUAGCGUACUAGGAAAGCUGGUUGUCACCGUUUCAGCUUGGGAUUUAGACUCGGGAAAAAAUGGGGAAAUAUCAUACGCUUUUUCCCAUGCCUCAGAAGGCAUUCGAAAGACAUUUGAAAUUAAUCAAAAAUCUGGAGAAGUUAGUUUAACUGCACCCUUGGAUUUUGAAACAACUGAAUCAUACUCAAUAAUCAUUCAAGCCACAGAUGGGGGAGGCCUUUUUGGAAAAUCAACACUCAAAAUUCAGGUGGUUGAUGUGAAUGACAAUGCUCCUGAAGUGACCGUGUCAUCAAUUACCAGUCCAAUCCCAGAAAAUUCUCCGAAGACUGUGGUUAUGGUUUUUAGUAUUCGAGACAGAGACUCUGGGGACAACGGCAGGAUGAUUUGUUCUUUGUCAGAGGACCUCCCGUUCAUGCUAAAAUCUUCACUUGAGAAUUAUUACACGCUGGAAACGGACAGAACGCUGGACAGAGAGAUCACGGACAACCCGGGCCACCUGGUGGACGUCAGCGGCACCGGGACCCUGUCCCACAGCUACCAGUACCAGGUGCGUCUGACCGGAGACUCCGGGAGUAAUGAGUUCAAAUUCUUAAAGCCAGUUUUCCCCAACCUUCCGCCCCAAUGCCCUGGGAAAGAAAUAGAGGGAAAUCCUACCUUCUACAAUAGCUUGGGGUUCAAUAUUCAGUGACUGUAACUUUUAUAUUCCAUAUGUAUGUUGUUUUUGCCAUUUCCAUACCAACGUUAUUUCCCCCAAUUUGUGUGUAUUUGAAGUUAUACUGAUGUUAUUUUUGUUUUCACAUGUUCUACCCGCCUUUACUUUUAAGUGAAUGUCUUUAUUUGUGGUUGCAAUGGAAUAGUAACUUAUUCUCUAACCUAGAAGAUCUUCAUCUGUAAUUAAGUUGCCUUCUUAAAUAACAACACUAAAUCACUUUUUGUUCAUGGCCCUCUCUCCAGUUGAACUUACACUCACAAUUAUGCUUAUGAUAAAAUAAAGCAGACCACUUUAAAAGUA